AUGACUGCAGAUGUCUAUCUUAAAAGAAUAGAUGACAAGCUUGCACAGUUGGCUGCUAAGGAGAGUCAACAUGGAGAAAUUUGCACAGACAGCAUCAUUAGUACUCAAAAAGAAAUAUUAGGAAAAAUUCAGAAGCUAGAGGAUAAGGCAGGAGGUCCUGUCUGUCAACCUUUAUAUAGUGACAUGGUUAAAAAUGCAGGAACAAGUAAUUUUAAACGAGUACCCAUGGAAAAAAGGAAUACAAAUGAGGUUAUUCUGGUAUAUAGCAAGGAGAAAGAAAGUAUGACCAGUGAGACUGUUCGGAAAGCAAUGCAGGAGAAAUUGAAACCCUCUGCUAUGAAAGUAGGAAUUGACAAAAUGAGAAAGGUAGCAGGAGGAGGUGUUGCUAUUGAACUCAGUAACAAAGGAGAUGCGACUGUUCUGGAGGAACAUAUAGCGAAAGCCCUACCACAAUUGAUUACUAAACGGCCAAAGAAACGAUGGCCACAUGUGGUUAUAUAUUCCGUACAAAUGGAUAUUGCAAAAGAGGAAUUAGGUACAUUAAUAUAUCAACAAAACGAAGACAUUAGUAACUUUAUGAGCGAAGAAGACUUUAACAAGCAGUUUAUAGCGAAAUUUACGUUGGGAAAGCACUCAGCCGUGUAUAAAAACUGGGUUGUGGAGGUUUCUCCUACCUUACAGAGACGUCUAAUCAACGGCAAUAAAAUCAACGUCGAGUGGUCGCGCUGCAGGAUUGCGGACUUCUGUCCGGUCCUGCAGUGCUUCAAAUGCCUUGAAUACAAUCAUGCGGCAAAGGAUUGCCCUCACAAUGAGCCGAUUUGCAGCCACUGUGCUGAAAAUCAUGUCUAUAAAGAGUGCCCUAACAGGGGAAAAGAACCUCUCUGCUAUAACUGUAAGAAAGGAAAAAACAGCAACUGCAAACACAACGCACGAGACUCAUCUUGCCCUAUUUACAUGAGAAUAAAAAGUAACAUUGCUGCAAGAACCGAAUAUGGACCUGACUAA